CUACUUCAACGGCUUGUAAUACAAAAGAAGGUCACCGCCUUGCUUCCAAACAAAAUGUUUGACCGAUCGUAGAUCCAUAUCGGGAUCGAGCUUUUGUUCGUUACAGUAGAGUUCCAUCUUUUGUUCUAUGUUGGUAGGAAUCUGAACUGGCAUCGGUGUUUCCCCCAUUGUUGAUUCCGGACUGUUCAAUAUCUUCUCAUACACAUGUUCCAUUACUUUACGAACUUGCAGCAUUUCGGUAGCAGAAAGGCGAUCUUUUUUCGGCGUCUUUACAUUCAAGCUAGCGUGUGGCAGAAGGUAGAAAGGCAUCUUUGUGAAUUUUGGUAGCAUACUUCUUUCAACAACUGCGGUUAUCCACUCUGGUAGAUCCUUCGCUAAGCAAGCUGAUUCUGCCUCGUUGGCAGCAUCACGUACCAGUAAUCGUAGAACCGUACGUCCAUUGACUUCUCUGAAUUCAAUCGGAAAUUUUGAAUUAGCUGCAAACAAUCAAACAUCGACUAACGACAAUAUGAUGGGCGUAUGGCCUGGAAUCGAAAUGUAGCCAGCAGUGGCCAGAGCUGUUUCGGAUCCAUCCGCACCCAUAUCACAGUGUUGAUAAUGUUCGAAAAGGGAGCGGAGCAUCAUUCCACCAUAAUUAAUCUUGUUAUCCGAAUCCUCAACACCAGCGUCUUUCGCUGACAACCAUGCAGAGAACACGUCGCCUUCUUCAAGCGUUAUUUGUAGCAUACCGCUCUUGUAAUCUACAGAAAACCAGCUUGGCACGAAAACUUUUCGAUUGUGCUCCAAUACGACGUCCUCGAAUGGUCUCUUACCAAAAUCAGCCACCUUCCUUCCAGCCAAAACAUCGUACAAUCCUAUACAAUCAUCUGAAUCCUUCGUAAUCACAUGUCGUUUGUCGUUUAAAACUCCAGCUUGUUUUAUUGAUGUUGCUCCCGCCGUGACAAUAUCCGGCGAACGAUGUAAGGCAUUCAUAGAAAGAUGAGCAAAGUCGUCUUCUAACUGACCAUCUCCUAUCGAUAACUGGGUGUUCGAAGGUAAUGGCCACCUUUUUAUGGUUGAAUUCCAGGUGGCAGACCAGAUUGCUGAGGGACGGUCGUGAUCAUCCAGCAAUAAUUUCUUCACAAACGCAUCUUCCUCGAACAAAAGGUAACUUUGGGUAAAAUCACAAAUUGGUGUUCUAAAGACCCGUCUGUCUCUGCCAGCACUGUACACAAACGAGAACGCGUUGUCUGUCUGCAAUGUCCAAACGCCUUCUUGGUGGGCUAAACAAGUGGCAAUACAUCGCUGCUGACCUAGGUCCCAUAAACGGACCGUUGCGUCCGCGCUUGCUGAUAUGCACUUUGUACCAUCAGGACUAAUAACAAUAGCUCGUAUGUUUUCGGUAUGUCCACGAAGCUUCAUUAUCUUUUGACAAGUUCUAGGAUCCCAGAUUCGAAGAACCUUUUCCGUACUGCCAGAUACAAUUACCGUUCCCGAAUCGUUCAUGGCCAACGCAUAGAUGCUGUUCUUGCAACCCAUCAAAGAUGAAGUGGUCACAGUGUUGUUGGUAGUAGUAAGUUUCGUUAGCGUAGCAAUGUCCCACAGAUAAAUUGAUUGAUCAUAUCCUGCACUGGCCGCUUUUUCGUGUUCCCUGGCGUACGCUAAGCAACUCACGUAAUCCUUGUGUGUUCGUAAUGUUGACAUACAGAAAUGUUUCGUGGCAUUCCAUACUUUUACUGUGGUAUCGUUAGAAGCUGACAGCAUACGAAAUCUUCCAUUACAACACAGGAUCAAGUCAUUAAUCCAGUCUGUAUGAUGUUCCAUCGCUUGUACAAACGUAGCCUGUUGUGGAGGUGA